AUGCGAGCUACUCUUUCCUUGAUUGCAUCUGCCCUCCUCCUAGCAGAGAUCGCGUCUGCCAAGAACCUCGUUCUCAAAAAUCUCUGUGGCAAGACCAUUCAAGCUGGUGUCUUGCAAAAUGGUCAAUCUACACCCACCUAUUACAUGGUUAAUUCCGGAGCCUCUACAACCGUUAGCCUGGCUGCUAACUGGGCUGGCCGUACUUGGGCUCGUAUUGACUGCGUUUCAUCAACCGAUCAAGCUAGUAACUUGCAGUGUGGAACUCCCGGAACUCCCAACCCUGCCAGUUUGGCUGAAUUCACAUUUGAAGGCUCUGGAAACCAAGAUUUCUAUGAUCUUUCCAUGGUUGAUGGCUAUAACUUGCCUAUUGAAAUUCAACCCAUUGGUGCUUCUCAAGGAUCUACUAAAUACAUCUGCGGAUCCCCAGCGUGCCAGACGUUGCCCACCUGUCCUAGUGAUUUGACUGUCACGACCACCGAAGGAGAUCUUUUAGCUUGCCAGAGCGAUUGCUCACAUUACAAUGAACCUCAGUACUGCUGUACUGGCGCAUAUAACUCUGCUGCCACCUGCAACGGUGGCCCGUAUGCUCCUACAAUUAAGUCUGCCUGCCCUGACGCUUACAGUUUUGCUUACGAUGAUGUCUCAAGCACUUACACUUGCCCUUCGGGCACUGCCACUGGCUAUACUAUCACUUGGUGCCCUAACGGCUCGUCUACUCCAACAACCACAGCAGCUAAGACCACAACAAGUAAGACCACUACCACCCCAGCCUCAACUGGCACUGGAAGUUCAUCUUGCGGAGCUGGACUAAGUGCCUGUGGAGCAGCUUGCUACAACCCAUCCCAAUACACUUGUAUCAACGGCAACACCCUUUGCCCUGCCGGUGAUAACUUGUGUGGAACUGCUUGCUAUAGCCCCUCGCUCUACUCAUGCAGCGGAACCACAUUGGUCCCUGUUUAGAAAUGUCCUUCCAGCAUGAUGAUCUCCUUCCUAUAUAAUAUCAUAUCUUAGUAUCCCAGGAUAUUGUUACAUUCGAAAUAAAUUUAUGAACAACUAUGGGCUGCGUUUCGUACACCCGCUAUAUCCC